AUGAUCGCUUUUAAGGUUGCCGCCAUUGCCGCCCUGACUUACACUGUCCAGGCUGGAAUCGUGGCCUCGUACGCGGAUUCUCCUACCGCUUAUGGAUACGUCGCUGCCGCUCCAACUGUCGCCUACAGAGCUUCUGCUCUCGGUGCCCCUGCUUGUGCCGCUACUUCUUUUUCGUACGCUGCUCCAUUUAUCGCUCGGGCGGCUACCGCCGCCCCUGCUUAUGGAUACGCGGCUGCCCCUGCCCUUUCGUACGCUGUCCCCUCAGCUACCCGUGCCGCGUUCGCCUCCCCAGCUUACGGAUACGCUGCCCCCGCUUUGGCUGUCCUUGCCUUUUCGUAUGCAACUGCCCCCAUUACGAAGCAUCCUGUAGCUAGCCCAGCUCUUGCCUACUCGACUGUGCAUGCCGCGUACGCUGCUGCACCCAUCACUAAAGCUCACGCCUUCCUAUAA